CGGACCGCGGGGUGACCGGUGGCCGAUGGCCGAACACGCGCUGCUGUCAUCGGGGGCGAGCGCGUGGAGGUCUCUGGCCUGCGCCAAGUCCGAGCUGCGUCUGGAUCUCGCUCUCGCCGGCGGACAGUCUUUCCGCUGGAGAGAAACUGCGGAAGGCCACUGGACCGGAGUGAUGGGAGGACGAGUGUGGACCCUGACCCAGACGGACGACACUCUGUGGUACCACGUGUACAAGAGCUCGGCCGGGCAAGGGGAGGUGAGGGACGGGGAGAGGGAGAGGAAGAGGAGAGCUGGUGCUUCCCUCCAGGUGGAAAACAAGUUGGGGAAGGAGGAGCCGGUGGCGGUGACCCCAGUGCAGGACACUGAGGAGGAGAAGGAGAUGAUGGAGGAGGAGGAGGAGGAGAUGCUGAGAGACUACUUCCAGCUGAAGGUGAAGCUGGGGCACCUGUACAAGGAAUGGGGAGCGGCAGACCCCCACUUCCAGAGCAUCGCAGACAUCUUCACAGGUGUGAGAAUGCUUCGCCAGGACCCCACCGAAUGUCUUUUUUCCUUCAUCUGCACCUCCAACAACCACAUCUCUCGUAUCCACGGCAUGGUGGAGAGGUUGUGCCGGGCUCUGGGCGCCCCGCUGUGCCGGCUGGAGGAAACCUCUUACCACGACUUCCCUUCCCUGGCCGCGCUCGCAGGCGACGGCGUCGAGGCGCGUCUCCGGGACCUGGGCUUUGGGUACAGGGCUCGGUUCCUUCAGCGGAGCGCGGCGCAGAUCUUGGAGGCCCACGGGCCCCGGUGGCUCGAGGGCCUGCGCGGCGUCCCGUAUCUGGUGGCCCGCGAUGCCCUCCGGACCCUCCCCGGCGUUGGCACCAAGGUGGCCGACUGCGUGUGCCUGAUGUCCCUGGAUAAGGCCGAGGCCGUGCCCGUAGACACGCACGUGUGGCAGAUCGCUAAACGCGACUACAGCUACGCUCCCGGCAGCCGACAGAAGAGCAUCACGGAUAAACUUCACCGAGAUCUCGGGGACUUUUUCAGACACCUGUGGGGUCCUCAUGCAGGUUGGGCCCAGUCGGUGCUCUUCUGCGCCGACCUCAAGAAGUUCCAGAGGCUGAAAGAAACGUCGCCCCUGAAGCGGCCGAAGAAAGAGGAAGACGAGGAGGCGGAAGUGGCGAGCGCGAAAGACGAAGACGGGAGAAAACGGAACCGCGAGGAACGCGGAAAACCCGGUCGGGAAAGCGAAGACGUCCGCCUAGAAGGAGAGAGCGGUGUGAGGUAAACGAGCUUCUUGCAUCGGGACUCGCAUCGGAUUUCAAUACCACACUUUAGCUUUGUAUAUAUAUAUUUUUUGUAAUGGUAUUCAUAUAUAUAUAGACACUAUAUUUAUCAUGGCGGAAAACUCAUUAUUGUAAGAAGAUUCUCAGGGUUUUGUGUUCACUGUGACCUCUUCCAUGUCUACUUUCCUACGAGUUCACUACGACUUUUCUUUUUUUAAUAAAGACAAAAUAACUUAUGGGUAAUUUUUUUUGUGUGUGUGUGCAUUGUGAGAGAAAAAUGUAAUUAAACCCACUGAAAGAA